AUGGACAUGGGGAACUGGAGCCAGGUGACAGAGUUCAUUGUCCUGGGCUUCCCACAGCUGCAGGGUGUCCAGGUGUACCUCUUUCUUGUACUGCUGCUCAUCUACCUCACCACCGUCCUGGGGAACUUGCUGAUCUUCCUUGUGGUAUACCUGGACUCCCGGCUACACACCCCCAUGUACCACUUCAUCAGUGUCCUCUCCUUUCUGGAGCUCAGCUACACUGCAGCCACCAUCCCCAAGAUGCUGGCUAACCUGCUGAGUGAGAAGAAGACCAUCUCCUUCUCAGGGUGCCUGCUGCAGAUUUACUUCUUCCACUCCCUAGGGGCCACUGAGUGCUACCUGCUCACGGCCAUGGCCUAUGACAGGUACCUGGCCAUCUGCCGGCCGCUGCACUACCCCAUGCUCAUGACUCUAGGGCGUUGUGCUCGGGUCACAGUGGGUUGCUGGCUGGCGGGUCUGGCAGGGCCUGUGGUGGAGAUCUCUCUGGUCUCUCGCCUGCCCUUCUGUGGUCCCAACCACAUCCACCACAUCUUCUGUGACUUUCCUCCAGUGCUGAGCCUUGCCUGCACUGACACGUCAAUCAACGUGCUGGUGGACUUUGUGGUCAACUCCUGCAAGAUCCUGGCUACUUUCCUGCUGAUCUUCAGCUCCUACGUGCAGAUCCUGCGCUCUGUGCUGCGUGUGCCCUCCGUGGCUGGCAGGCACAAGGCCUUCUCCACCUGUGCCUCACACCUGACGGUGGUGCUCAUCUUCUACGGCAGCAUCCUCUUCAUGUACGUGCGCCUCAAGAAGAGCUACUCGCUAGACUAUGACCGCGCGCUGGCCGUGGUCUACUCGGUUCUCACGCCCUUCCUCAAUCCCUUCAUCUACAGCCUGCGCAAUAAGGAACUCAAGGAGGCUGUGAGGCGGCAGCUGGGGAGGACUGGGGUCCUGCGGUGA